AUGCCAAGUCGCGCUGCAGGGACCGACCUCUACGAAAGGGAUACCUUCCACCGCGACCGCUACGACCGCCAUGGUAACUACGAUCAUAUCUACGAGGAGGACAUCGACGAACGUAAGCAUUGUCGGCGGCCUCUCGCUCCUGAUCCCCCUGAUGUUCGAGAUAUAGAGAGGAUUCGUGAACGGCGUCAUUCUCCAGAAGUAAUCCUUCGAGAAUCACACAGGCGUAGCUCCAGUGCUGGUCCACUGGCCAGGCGGCCUCGGGUCAGAGAUGGUAAUUAUGAGUUUGAGCACGAGCAUGAACAUGAACGCGGCAGGGCUGGGAUUUAUCCCUCCCAUCUACAACGAUCGAGAGUAGUUGAAAGACGAUUCUCUCCCGCACUACCACCUAGAGAGGUUAAGCGUGAUGAAUUGGUAGUGAGGAGGAGGGAGCGAUCUAAGCCACCACACCGUGUGGUAAAUUUUGAAACAAAUGAGCAUGUUGUCAGAGGAGAGAGCGAUUCUUGGUCUGAUAAGCAAUCUGACAAGGGAUAUGAUAGGGAAUGGGAAAGGAAAAAAGGUGGGAGUGAACACGAUUAUCGCAGGGGUUCAUAUGUGCGGGAAAGACCAAACGCACGAGGAGAUAGAGAGGAGAUUAUCGUUCUCAGGGAUGAGCGGGAACGGAGUCGUGGUCGCGGGAAGGAUGAGAUUAAGAGAGACGAAGUUAUCAUUAGGAGAAGGGAACAAAGUUCGUCUUCUUCUUCGGAGUCGUCUUUCAAUAGUCCCCUUGAACCGCCUCCUAUUCGAGCCCCUCCUAUUCACCAGGAUGUAAUUACUCAUCAUCGACAUGUUGAUCACGGAUACGGGGUUGUUCAUCCACGCCCACCUCCUUCAGAGACAAGCUCACGGCAUGCUGAUGAUGAAAUUGAAAUUUGGAGGUCAUACGACAACCAAGUCGCCAUCGACCGUGAAUCAAGUCGUCGAAAGGAGCGAGCAAAAUUCGUUCAUUCGUUUUCUCCACCCCGACGACGGGCGAGUCCCCGUCACUACGAGGAUAGAGAUGAAUCAGAACUAAUCGUCUCACAUAGGACAUCUAGCGGUCGUGGUCUGGACAGAACACGGCAUCAUGAUCUCGUGGUAAUGCACGAGCGGGAAACAGAAUACUACAAUCGUCUUGCUAAGAAAAAAAGUCAUAUUGGCGAGGCGUACAAAGGUGCAACGAAAGAUUGGUCGAUUAUAGAUGUUCCACCCGGAACUAAACGGGUGGAGAUGGAAGGUGAGAUUACUUGGCAGCGUUAUAACGGCUUUCGUCGAUCAAAGUUCCUCGUAGACGGGGAUGAAUAUAUCUCAGACAGAGGUCCUGUUCAGGACGGCGGCCGGAUAGGAAAACGUUACGUGGGAGUGAAGGAUAAACGGGACGGGCUUUGGACGGAGAUUACCAAAGAUCUCGUUGUCAAGGAAGCAAUCGAAAGGCUUGGGUAUUCUUACGAGGAAACGAAACACCUUUAUUAUAUUUUCGCCUAUUUGAAAUAUGACGACGUCGAGCACCUCGUAGCCGUCUCGGAAGACUACCGUAAGGCGCGCCGCAUGCGAGUCCGAGAAAUCGAACUCGAACGGGCACGGAUCAUGACACCUCCUCCCCUGCCCCUUCCAGCCCCAGCGCCCCCGGUUGAGACUCGGCUGAUUGAGAGGCCGGAAUAUGAGGAGGAAAGGAUCAUUGAACAUGAGAUAUUCGUUAAUGAGGACAAGGUUCCCCCUCCGCUGAGGGUGCGGAGAUGGUGA